AGAUUUUCUGUAACUUAAGUUGUUUGGGUGCAGUCAGUCGCCUUAUGUUUAUUGCUAUGGGAUAUAUUUUUAAUAAGCAAACGACGGAUAAAUUAUAAAGGGCAAGUUUAUGCAACUGAAGCUAGGUUGUAACGUCGUAUAUUAACUGUCAAAAAGGAGGUCAAAGGACACAGUUCUGCAGGCAGUCAUUCUAUAUAGCUAUUUUCAAAGGAGCUAAAAUCGGCUUGUGUAAAACGGUGACAGCAAGAGCCAUGCCGUGAAAGUGUGCGUGAAGUUUAUUUUGAACCCUACAGCUUUGUUAUGGCUUCUUCUGUUAGCUGCUCGUUGUUAUUGUCACCUGCCAGACUCUGUCGAAGUCUGCGGUCAAGAGCAAGCUGGACGCUCUCCGCUAAAGGCUUCGAUCAAAGGAGCUCGUUUCCAAGUGAAGGUGCAGCAGUUCUGUCCAGACAUGCACGAUCCCUCUGCUGGACUCAGACCCGAGGGUUUUUCUCCCACGGUGGAAGUUCGUCAGCUAAGCAGCAGACCCUGGAGGAUAUCGCAAAGAGCAUCCGGGAGCAGCAGUUCAAGAGGGUCGUGGUGAUGGCUGGAGCUGGGAUCAGCACUCCCAGUGGCAUCCCAGAUUUCAGGUCUCCAGGCAGUGGUCUCUAUGACAACCUGCAGCAGUAUGACCUGCCUUAUGCCGAGGCCAUAUUUGAGAUUAGCUUUUUCCACCAUAACCCAAAUCCCUUCUUCGCCCUGGCCAAAGAGCUGUAUCCAGGAAACUACCGCCCCAACCUGACACACUACUUUGUAUAUCUGCUUCACAAGAAGGGUCAGCUGCUCCGGAUGUACACACAGAACAUUGAUGGCCUGGAAAGACUAGCAGGGAUUCCUCCUGAGAUGCUGGUGGAGGCCCACGGCACGUUUGCCACGGCCACCUGCACCGCUUGCUUGAGGAAAUAUGAGGGCGAGGACCUCAGACCAGACGUGAUGAGUGGGACGGUCCCCAAGUGUCCCACCUGUAAGGGCGUGGUGAAGCCGGACAUCGUGUUUUUUGGUGAGGAGCUUCCACGGCACUUCUUCAAGUAUAUCACAGACUUCCCACUGGCAGACCUGCUGAUCAUCAUGGGCACAUCACUGGAGGUGGAGCCUUUUGCCAGUCUUGCCGGAGCCGUUCGCAGUUCUGUGCCCCGUCUUCUCAUCAACAGGGACUUGGUGGGGCCGUUCACCUGGAGCCGCCGGCCUAAUGACGUCGUGCAGCUGGGUGAUGUGGUGAGCGGUGUGCAAGCUCUGGUUGAUGCUCUUGGCUGGACUCGGGAACUCGACGCUCUGAUGGCGGCCAGCACUGAGGAAAGUGCACCAAAAAAAGAAGAGUGACACAAGUUCACAACAUCAAAAAACGAGGUUUGACUUUACAUCAAACACACAAACUGCAGGAUCAAGUCCAGAAGACUCGAGGUUUACCAGGAUUUUAAAAAUGGGAUCAGUGGAAACUAUCAGACUGGUAGAUGAAGAAGUUGUAUAGUGGAAAUGCUGUGUAAUUAAUGCUCAGUCAAAUAUGAAUAAAAUAGUGUAUAACAAAGUUUUGUGUGCAGUAGAAUUUACUCUGCAGUAGCAAUAUUCAGUACAGCACACAGUAUUGUACAGGUACAGUACUCACUGGUACUUUAUUAAUAUCUACUUUAUUUUAUUUGUAAAUGCACAGUUGACAGAGCCAAGCUAUCCUGUUAAUGUGCCAGCUUUAUUUUCACCUGCUGUCUCAGGGAGGUUAUUGGCAUGAAUGGAGCCUUUUUCAUUGGAGAGUAUGAAUCCCGAAUUCUCCUGCUCACCAUCUUCAGAUCUUGCUUAAUGCUAGACUGAGUUAAAGACUGAAACACUGAUGUAAAUCAGUAAGAACAGCUCACAAAUAUGGAGUCAUACCAACAAUGAAAGGCUGUGUAGAAUGUGAAUUAAAGGGUAAAAUAGGGAUUAUUCUUCACAGACGGAUUAAUCCACACCGAGUGUGUGCAUGUGUGCGUCGAUGGUAAUGAAGUAACAGUCAUUGUACACAGUUGGAGCUCUAUGUCAGAGAGAUCGUGGGUUCUGAUACACUCAUGACGUCAAUUCAAUGUUAUGUUUGCUUUUUGGUAACACUGCCAAAAAAUUAGGGAUAAAAACAGUUAUUAAACAGCAGAGGGAGUAAGAGGGCAGCCUAGACUGUAACACACUCCUGUUUGAAUCCUGCUGAUUGCUGUAAAGAAUAAUGGGAACUCCAGCUGAGACCACAUUCAACUACUCUGUUUAAAAUAUAAUUAAAAAUGAAAAAAGGAAAAGUUUCUUUUUUCUUUUUCUUUUUUUUUGUCUGUCCCAUUUGGUUCUUUAGCCGUCAGAAUUGUUGUCUGACGACCAACAAGGAUACCCAAUGGAUUUAUUUUGCCAAAUGGAUCAUCACAGCCUUGCCGUAUUGGUCCAUUUGAUCGACCUUUGUUGUUAUUAUUUAUUUUAUUUUAUUUUCAGUUGUUACAGACGGGACAGACAUGACUGGGGGAUAGGAAAGGGAGAAAGAAAGAUGAAGGAAAAGAAAAACAGAAGGGAAAAGGGACAGUGAGAAAGGGCACUUAAAAAAAUCUCCUGGAUCACCUGUUGAGAGAAAAAGAAGAGAAAACAAGCAAAAAAAAGCAAAGCAACAUACUAAACACAACACCAUCGCAUUAAUCUAGCUAAGUGUAAACAGCAGUAAAUACUAAAUAUUGAAUGUUGUUGUGUAGCACGCAGGACCGACAGCGCACAAUGUGCUUGGAAAUAGCAGCUAAGAAAGGUGUAGUUUAUGUCUACGAACAGUGAACACCCGUGUGCACACCUGUGUGGAUCAGCGCGCUUGUAUACAAAAGGUUUCUCCAUGUAAUGGUCUUCUAGAGGAUGUAGAGAGCCAUAGCCCCGUCCCCCAGAGCAUGAAGCAGGCAUGGAGGAGAUCCAGGCUCCAGACAUCCAGAGGCCCCAGAGAGCGAGAGCCCAAGGAGGACCACCGGAGGGGCAUCCGUGCCACCCUCCUGGGAAGGGCUGAGGAGAGCCCCAGAUGAGGGGUCACCCAGUAGCCACGGAGCAGAAGCCAGAGGGGGCUGCAGUGGCGUGCCUGCCGGCUCUGCCGGCAGCCAGCUGUGCCAGAGUGCACCAAGCCGCAGGCCCAGAGGCCGGAGGCUCGAGGGCCCCCUACGCCCCGGAAGAGGCCUGACCGAGCAACAGGCACCAGGCCCCGCCAAGUAGUCACCGGGAUUGAGCUGGUACAUACCUGAGCGCCCAGCCCCAGACACCAAGAACCACCAACGCACCGACCCCUGAGGGCAUCAGUCACCGGCAGGGAGUGUGGAGAGGGGAGAUAGGCCUCCACACUUUGGAGGGCCUGGGAGUUCCCAGGGAGGUGGAGUCUAAGACCCGACCUGACAUAUAGACACAGACAAACAGGCACAUACAGACACAAACAUGCAUUCCCACCCUCAUGCACACAUAUACAGACACUCAGCACUCACCCAACGUAGGGAUAGACAUACAUGGACAUGUAUACACAAUCACACUCCCCAAACAAACUCUAUACCCCGGGUCCAGGUACCCUCACCCCCAGAGGGGGAAACGGCACCUAGACUCAGGAGAUGUUACCCUUCCCCCCGGGGUGGAGGCAAGCAGACCGCCCCAGGCUCCGCAGCAGCAGGGACAUGUCUCCCCUGCACCCUGGUGACACACCCGCACCCCAAGGCCCUACUUGUGUGGGUGGGUGUGUUGGAGCAGGAAGAGGGAGGCAGGCGGGGAUGGGGAGGAAAAGAAGGGAGGAGCAAGAUGCCCCUCCCUGGGGCCAGCUCCCCCGCUGAACCCAGUAGGCACCCCCGUCCUUCGGCACCCACCAAGGCAAGGGAGCCCAGGCCCAUCCAGAUCGGGGCCUACGGCAGCAGGACCGCCCAGCCCCACAGGACCCGGGGCAGCCCACCCGACCCCACCGCAGAGGAAACUGUACCCACCCCAACAUUCAAUCAUCUCCCAGACUGCACAAGACAGUAGACACCCAGGUUAAGUUUGUUCUCCACCUCUCCUAUGUCUCUCCCCCACCUGCAGAGUGGACUUCUGCAAGGAUGGAACAACCUCCCUGCCAGUUGAAGAGCCCCCCAGUUAGGCCGAUGUGCCAGAGGCCCCCUGCGCCAGGGCUGAGCCCCCGUGCACCCACCCGCCCACAACCUCGGCGACACACCAACAAGGACCUAAGCCCCCAAGGCCCAGCCAGAGCCCUAGCACGGAGGCGAAGCACCACCGAACCCCAAGCCCCCACGCCUGCCCUGGAUCCACUCAGGGGCAGCCAGGCUACCAGGCCAGUAACCUACGUCCGCCAGUACAGACCAUCCCCCAGCCCCGCUGCACGCAGCCACGAGGAGAACACCCUCUAAGAGCAACCAGAGCCACUAACCAGGUUAUGACCACAACCCCAAGGUUAAGCCCUCCAGGGAUAACGUCCCUAGGGGUUCUCCAGGCGCCCUAAGCCCGUCCCAACCUCCACAUCAACCACAAUAGCGAAGGCAGGACCAAACCAUGACCCCCCACCCCCGCUAGGUGAUGAAGCCGAUCAAAGGAGCCCAGAGGGAUUGAUCUAAUGUGGUGGCAGAGGCUGUCUCGAGACUAAUGUGAUCUAUUAGAUGUCUGGUGUAUUGCCUUGACAGUGUGAGCAGUUGUUGGAAGAUGUAAAGCCCAUCUUGAACAUCCGAUGACCAGUAUAGUGCACUCUAUGUAGUAUUUUGUAUGGUAUUAAUUGCAGACUGGGAUUUUUAAUCAAUUUAAAGGUUUUUAAGCAAAUCUGAGACCAGAAGUUUUGGUCUAAGCUUACUGAUAAAUCUGCUUCCCACUUUGCAAUAGGAAGGGAUAUUGAUUCAUCUAUUUUAGAAAGUGUUCUGUAUAUUUUAGACAAUAAUUUAGGGGAUUUAAGAGUAAGAAAGUGUACCGCGCUUGGUGGUGUUUGCAAUUUAACUUGACGGAGGUUAAAUUUCUUUUUUACUAUGGAUUUAAUUUGUUGAUAUUCUAAAAAUCUUUUCUUGUUGAUCCCAUAUUGUGGAACUAGUCUUUCAAAUGGAAUAAAGUCUGUUCCUUCUAAUAUAUGUUCUAAGUAUUUAAUUCCUUUACAACUCCAUUCUGGAAAAUUAAUCAUAUUUUUGUUUUGUAAUAUGUCAGGGUUGUUCCAGAUAGGUGUACGUUUGCAUGGGAUUAGUGAAGACUCCGUCAUUUUUAGAAACUCCCACCAUGCUGUCAGAGAAGAGCUGAUGUUGAUGCUUUUAAAGCAUUCAUGUCUUUUGAUGUUUGAGCUGAUAAAUGGUAGGUCUGAAAUUUCUAGAUUAUUACAUAGUGCCUGUUCUACAUCUAUCCAAGGUUCAUCUAAGAAGGUGUGUUUAAACCAUCCUGAGAUGUACUGAAGCCUGUUGGCUAAAAAAUAGUGAUUAAAGUUAGGCAGAUCUAAUCCUCCUUUAUCCUUGGUUCUUUGUAAUGUUUUUAAGCUGAUACGUGGGGGUUUAUCUUUCCAAAGGAAUUUAGAAAUAUACGAAUCCAGAGAUCUGAACCAAUUUUGUGAUGGUUUGUUCGGGAUCAUUAAAAAUAAGUAAUUUAUUUUUGGCAAGAUCAUCAUUUUUAUAGUGGCGACCCUUCCCAUGAGUGAUAUGGGUAAAGAUUUCCAUCUAGUCAGAUCGCCUUCUACUUUCUUUAGAAGUGGGAUGUGGUUUAAUUUAGUUAAGUCUGAAAGCUUAGGAGAAACAUUAAUACCUAAAUAUUUUAUAUUUCCAGAUUGCAGUGGUGUAGGAGAAGAAUUAUGGAAGGAGCAAUUAAUCGGAAGAACUGUAGAUUUUGACCAGUUAAUUGAAUAAUCUGAAACUCUUGAAAACCAGUUUAUUAGAGUAAUUACCUCAGAAAGGUUGGUUUGUGAGUUUUGCAGAAAAAGCAACACAUCAUCCGCAUAGAGACUGAUUUUAUGUUCUACGUUCUUGCAUUUUAUGCCCUUAAUUGUUGUAGCCUGUCUAAAUGCUGCCGCUAGUGGCUCAAUAAAAAUUGCAAACAGUGAAGGGGAGAGUGGGCAUCCCUGCCUGGUGCCCCUCAGGAGACAGAAGCUGGAGGAUGUCUGGUCAUUUGUUCUGACACAAGCUGUUGGGGAAUUAUAUAAUAUUCUUAGCCAGUUUCCAAAACCAAAUUUGUGUAAAGUUGCAAAUAAAAAUUUCCAGUUAACUCUAUCAAACGCCUUUUCUGCAUCUAGAGAUAAUAUUGUGGUUUCAAUGUUUUUGCUGUAUGAGUAGUCUGUUAAAUUAAGUAAUCUACGUGCGUUUGUUGAUGAGUGCCUACCUUUUAUGAAACCAGUUUGGUCAGGAUGAAUUAAGAGGGGGGGUUAUUUUCUCUAAUCUUUUUGAGAGGGCUUUGCAGAUUAUUUUGAGGUCUACAUUUAUAAGAGAUAUUGGACAAUAGCUUGAGGGAAAUAAAGGGUCUUUGCCUGGUUUUAGCAGGAGACUAAUGUUGGCAGAAUUCAUAUUUGGUGGUAGUCUGCCAUUUUCCUUGAUUUCCUGCAACAUUCCGUGGAAUACCGGUGCCAAAAUUGUCCAGAAUUCUUUGUAGAAUUCUGCAGGAAAGCCGUCUGGACCUGGAGCCUUAUUAUUGGGCAUACUUAUCAGCGCUUCCUGGAGUCAGUGGCGAAUCCAGUGCCAUUGCUUGACUGUCUAGUAAUUUUGGAAGAGUUACGUUGUCAAGAAACUGAUCAAUUUCAUUUUUAGACGGGUUUGUUUGUGGUGAAUAUAAAGUUUCAUAGAAAUUCCUAAAAAUGUUGUUUAUUCUUCCAGGGUCAUAUAUUGUGUUUCCAGAUAAAUCUUUAACAGACUCGAGGUUUACCAGGAUUUUAAAAAUGGGAUCAGUGGAAACUAUCAGACUGGUAGAUGAAGAAUUUGUAUAGUGGAAAUGCUGUGUAAUUAAUGCUCAGUCAAAUAUGAAUAAAAUAGUGUAUAACAAAGUUUUGUGUGCAGUAGAAUUUACUCUGCAGUAGCAAUAUUCAGUACAGCACACAGUAUUGUACAGGUACAGUACUCACUGGUACUUUAUUAAUAUCUACUUUAUUUUAUUUGUAAAUGCACAGUUGACAGAGCCAAGCUAUCCUGUUAAUGUGCCAGCUUUAUUUUCACCUGCUGUCUCAGGGAGGUUAUUGGCAUGAAUGGAGCCUUUUUCAUAUAGUUAAAAUAAAUUUGAAUUUAAUUUUCAUGCAAACAUCUGAUGUUCCCAGAUGUUUGCAUGAGUAAACGGGUUACAUGUGUCUGUGAUCUGAUGUGCAUUUGCACAAACUUAAACUCCUUGCACAAACGAACAGGCAGAAGUUGCUCUAAAGAAGUGAUUGUCAAAUGUUUGGGACACCUCAUUUCAGAAACUGAAAAAACGACACUAUUUUUAUUCAUCCUUAUUCUGCUGUCACACUAAUGAAGACGGUGGCUGGAGGCCAGCGCGUGACCAGUGCUUCUGUGACCGUGUGCAGUAAAAUUGCAGUCUUGUUGCCUUUAAAUGAUCAGUUCGAGGACUGGGUCCAGCUCUGCGACCACUUGCAGUUAGUUGCAGUCUUCAAAACACCUUUGGUGCAUCAACAUGACAAUAAAACAGCAAUAAGAUGGAGUCUGUCUACUAUCAGUAUGUGACUCAAUGCAGUCAAGUUGCCAGUUAAAGCCAAGCUGUUUGUCUGUAACUGGCAAACUACUUACAUUAAAAACGUAACAGUUGACACAGAAAUGACAACACAAAUAGUGACGCUUUUGCAGCAGGAUGGAGGUAUAACUGCUCAGCAACCUUACUCUUAUAUUGGAAUACCACCAGCCUGCAGCCAGAGGAGUCGAGUCCCCUAUUGCAAAGAGACACAUCACAAACAAGUUGCACUCACAGAUUCAGACUGAUUGCACCAUUUUAAUAAUCUGUCUGUUUAUAUAUCUGAGAGUGAUUGUAGUCAGUCCAGAUUGUUUGAAGACAGAUUGCCAUCCUGUGCAACCACAUACAUUGAUUUCUCAACUUCUGGGUAGUAGUUGGUCUCCACAAGUAUUUGGUCACCAAAUGUGAAAAGAUUCAAUACAACCACCAAGUUUUCCUUGCUGCAAGGAUG